AAACGAGUUGGUUAACAUCCCAAAUUACAUUUUCUAGGUCGCGAGUUCGAAUCCCGAAAUUUCAUUUUUCGCUUUUCUUUUUCUUCAAUUUUUCUGAGAUUUUGUUUUCUUCUUCAUCUUCAGCCAUGGAUAAGAAUCCAAAGCCUCCACGAAAGUUCACUCCAAAGAUCAAGCCAAAACCAAAAUCAACCAAAAUCGAAACGCUUGUUGAAGAUGGGCAAAAGAGUGGUGACACUCGAGUUCGCUUGCGUCGUUUGGUGCAGAGAGUUGCAGAGCGCCAGCCUAAACUUGAAAAACAAUCCAGUGUGCAAGAUGCAUUUCCUGGAGGUUUAUCACUUUCCCCGAGAACAUUUGACAGUGGUAAUGGUAAAAGCAGUGGCUCAGAAUCCAAAUUUUCUGCUAAUGAGAAAAAUGGUUCAACACAUUCGUCAACUGCUAUCGAGGAUCAGAGUGAUACUUCUAUGAUAGAUGUUACUGAUGAUACUUCUUUGCUACAUGUUACUGGUGAUACUUCUUUGCUACAUGUUACUGAUGAUACCACUGAUGAAGAAGACUACAUGGAACCGUGGGACCUGGACUCAGACUAUCCUAUUACUCUUCCUCUGCGGAAGCCCAAUUCUGGAAAUCCAGCAAUUCUUGAUGAGGUGGAAUUUGGAGAGGCUGCUACUAAUGUUGAAUAUGAUGGUGAGAAUCUUAAUUCCGCCGAAGAACUUGGGCUCUUGCAGGACAAUAGUGAGCAACCACAGAUGAUUAUCUUUAAGCUUCCUGCUGUUCUGCCUCGUAUCGAGCAACCAGUGAGCAGUAAAGGGAAAGAGAAAAUUGGUACCUCAAAAGUAUCGAAAAAGGGGACUAACUUGUUGGAGCUUCCGAGUGGAUGUAUUGGCAAAAUGCAGGUGUACAAGAGUGGAGCAGUCAAAUUAAAAAUAGGAGAAACUCUAUAUGAUGUGUCCUCGGGUACAAAAACUAAAUUUGCUCAAGAUGUUGUUGCAAUUAACACCGAAAAGAAAAACUACUCUGUUCUUGGGGCGGUUACAGUUAACACAAAGGCGGUUGUAGUUCCCGACAUUGAUGCCAUUGAUCUCUUAAAAGACUGAUGCUAAUUACCUAACUAAGUGCCAUUUUGAGGGGAUAGUACAGACACUUGUGUGACUUAUGUGAAUAGAGAUGUUUUGUGAAUAGAUCUGACUAUAGAUGCCCCUAAUGAUUGGAAGUAAAAACUAGGUAGUAAAAUUAGUAUGACAUUGGUGGAAUAUCAAGUGGAAAAACAACUUAAUAUUAUUGCAUUGUAUUAAAUGAUUUUUGUUUGUUUGGCCCAAUGAGAAUUACAUGUAAUUUACCACUUUAAAAGUUCAUUAAAAAGUCAUGUAUA